CACUCCCCAACCAUUCCUCGUCUGGGUGGAACUGGCGCACCUGGCCACGGCCCGAGCCUGAAAGGGACUGGCCCCUCCUCCUGCUCCAACCCCACCCACCGGGCCCUUCUCCCCCAUCUCCCGAGCCUCGCGCUCCAUCCCAGAGCGCCCGCGCCACCUCCGCCCGUCGCUCUCGCCCGCAGCUCAGACACAGCCGGGGCGCUCGGCAGAGCCCGCGGCGCGCGAGGGGCAUGCGCUCCAUGAGGGCUCUGCAGAACGCGCUGAGCAGGGCCGGCAGCCGCUGCCGGCGGGGAGGCUGGGGUCACCCGAGUCGGAGCCCUCUCCUUGGCGGGGGCGUCCGGCACCACUUCAGUGAGGCCGCGGCGCAGGGCAGAGAGCCGCCGCACAUCCACCAGCCGCAGCGCCAGGAUGAGGGAAUCCAGCGCUGGAUGUCUGUAGGGGACUUGUUUCUACUUUCUGUGGCUGCCCGUUUCCCCAGGGAACCUCUCACGGCCUGGGACUGGUGCCCGCUGGGCAGAAGUGGGGAUGCAUCACAGAGUGGCAUGCUGUCCCGCCUGGGGGACCUGCUCUUCUACACUAUUGCCGAGGGACAGGAACGCAUUCCGAUCCACAAGUUCACCACCGCACUGAAGGCCACUGGGCUGCAGACCUCAGACCCCCGGCUCCGGGACUGCAUGAACCAGAUGCGCCGCACGGUUCGAGAGUCCAGCAGCGGUGGCCUCUUGGAUCGAGAUCUCUUCCAAAAGUGUGUGAGCAGCAACAUUGUGCUCCUGACCCAGGCUUUCCGGAAGAAGUUUGUCAUUCCUGAUUUUGAGGAGUUCACGGGCCACGUGGAUCGCAUCUUUGAGGAUGCCAAAGAGCUCACUGGAGGCAAAACGACUCUCCUGACCAAGAAGCUCAGCUUCGUGCCUCUUCUGCACAGCCACGUGUCUUUCUUCUCUCCACCCACUCAUGCCCAGGUGGCAGCCUACAUCCCUCAGCUGGCCAAGUCAAACCCAGACCUGUGGGGCGUCUCCCUGUGUACUGUGGAUGGUCAGCGGCACUCCGUGGGCCACACAAAGAUCCCCUUCUGCCUGCAGUCCUGUGUGAAGCCCCUAACCUAUGCCAUUGCCAUCAGCACCCUGGGCACUGACUACGUGCACAGAUUUGUGGGCAAGGAGCCCAGUGGCCUGCGCUACAACACGCUCUCCCUCAAUGAGGAAGGAAUCCCCCAUAACCCUAUGGUCAACGCUGGUGCCAUCGUUGUCAGCUCCCUGAUCAAGAUGGACUGUAACAAAGCGGAAAAGUUUGACUUUGUGUUGCAGUAUCUGAACAAAAUGGCUGGGAAUGAAUACAUGGGGUUCAGCAAUGCCACAUUUCAGUCAGAGAAGGAGACUGGGGAUCGGAAUUAUGCCAUCGGCUAUUAUCUCAAGGAAAAGAAGUGCUUUCCUAAUGGGGUAGACAUGAUGGCCGCCCUUGAUCUCUACUUCCAGCUGUGCUCCGUGGAGGUCACCUGUGAAUCGGGCAGCGUUAUGGCAGCCACCCUUGCCAAUGGCGGGAUCUGCCCCAUCACCGGCGAGAGCGUGCUGAGCGCUGAAGCAGUGCGCAACACCCUCAGCCUCAUGCAUUCCUGCGGCAUGUAUGACUUCUCUGGCCAGUUUGCCUUCCACGUGGGCCUGCCAGCCAAGUCAGCCGUGUCAGGGGCCAUUCUCCUGGUGGUACCCAAUGUCAUGGGAAUGAUGUGUCUGUCACCUCCCUUGGAUAAGCUCGGGAACAGCCACAGGGGCAUCAACUUCUGCCAGAGGUUGGUGUCUCUUUUCAACUUCCACAACUAUGACAACCUGCGGCACUGCGCACGGAAGUUAGACCCACGGCGUGAAGGGGGAGAAGUCCGGAACAAGACGGUGGUGAACCUGUUAUUUGCUGCCUAUAGUGGAGAUGUCUCAGCUCUGCGAAGGUUUGCCUUGUCAGCCAUGAAUAUGGAACAGAAAGACUACGACUCCCGCACAGCUCUGCAUGUUGCUGCAGCUGAAGGACACACUGAAGUUGUUAAAUUCCUGAUUGAGGCUUGCAAAGUGAAUCCUUUUGUCAAGGACAGGUGGGGCAACAUUCCUCUGGACGAUGCUGUGCAGUUCAACCACCUGGAGGUGGUCAAACUGCUCCAAGAUUACCAGGACUCCUACGUACUCUCUGAGACCCAGGCUGAGGCCGAAGCUGAGGCCCUAUCCAAAGAAAAUUUAGAGAGCAUGGUGUGAUCCCGGGUCAUGGACAGUCCCUGCUUAAGCAUGAGCUGGCCACACACUUAACCUAUAACCACCAAAAACGCUAUGGAGCUACAGUGCUUCAGUGAGCACCAAGAAAUUCAUUUGGUGACACAGCCCAGUGCUUUCUGUGAGUCACUAUACCCAGCCCCUUUGCAGACCUCGAGGACAGAAGAGGGCCUCCGUGGACACCUGCAGUAGAGCCAUCCAUAGAGACUGUGGGCUUCUUUAAGGCACAGCCUGAUGGCUUGGCCCAGUGACAGCCACCCCAGGCCUUCACCUGGGCUCCCUCCUCCUCUCCCUGAAGCAACUAUCACGUGAGAAAGAGACACGGUGGAGGGGCUCCAGCUAUCAAGCACAUGUGUGAGUGAACAGAGUAAGACAAAAGGAGAGCCUGAGCACCUGGCCUUAGGAGUCUGGACAGAUGUGGCCCCCUUAGGCAGGACUUGCUGCUGCUACUGUUAACAGCAAUUUUAUAGACAGAGAACGUAUUUUGUGCUCAAAUAAAGUUUAAUUACACAAACUAUAA